AUGGAUGAGCGUCAUAACUGGAUCGUCAACACCAGAGUAUUGUACGAUUUCAUAAGCUGCAUCAAAUUGCCGCAACAGCCGCUUUGCGUCGACUUUACACAGACGAUUACCCAUGAGGAGUCCAGCGAGGAGGUUGCCUAUCAGCAGAUCGCCUGCGGGCUGCAGUAUGAGACGAAGGAGGACGUUUCCAUUUACAUCAUAGACGUUGCACUACCGGCCGAACCUCUCAAGGAGGAGCUGAGGAGGUACUGCAAAUGCCUCGACUAUGAAGGGUUUCCCUUGCCCGUUGACACUCAGUUCCCUAUGUACCAAUGUGUAGCACAGGUUUCGCUGAAAGCCGACGUUAACAGGAUUCUAUCGAAAACCAAGGAUGAUAAUGUGUUCUUAGCUGCUAAGACGACAGAUGGUAACUGGUUUACCUCAAAUAAAUAUUUAGUUCACCUGUACAACUUAAGGGACCUGAGUCAGGAAUCUAAAAACUUAGAGCCCGUGUGCAAAUUCGAAGGACAUGAAGAUGAAGGGUACGGCAUGGCCUUCGACUCGGGCUGUUCGGAGAUCGCAUCGUGCUCGGAGGACGGGCUCAUGUACAUAUAUGACAUUAAAGGUUCGGAAGCGGCUUCACACAAGCGUUUAGAGCAAUCUUCGAGCUACAGUUACAAACACACCGGUGGGCUGAACUGUAUUGACUACUCGAAGACCAACGAAAAGAACUGUCUGGUGGCCACAGAGGACGGAUACACCAGGAAGGUGGAAGGCGCGGAAAACUCGGUUUCUACCACGACGCUUAACCCAAACGUUUUCGCCUCCGGGUCCACCAAAGGAGCAAUACACCUUUGGGACCAGCGAAUCCUGUCCGACCCGCUUCACGCAAUCACCGUACACAAGGAGCCCAUAGUUAGACUCCACUUCAACCAGCUGAACAAGUCGCUGAUAUCGAGUGGCUCCGAGGACCUAACCAUUUGCAUUCUAGACCUGGACUCGCCCGGAAAGGACGUUAACGGGGGAGAGCUUGAGGAGGACGAGGAGGAGGACGACUCCCCGCCCGAGCUCAUCUUCACCCACACGGGGCACCAGGACAAGGUGUACGACUUCGUGUGGAGCAAAUACACGGACAAUCUCAUCGCAUCAGUUGGGGAGGACUACUCGCUUCAGUUGUGGCAAAUGGUAAGGCGGCACUGA